UGACUAAGCAGUGCGUGUCGUCGUUUUAAUACAAAACGGCAAAACCACUUAUUUUGAACAACGCAACAGUGCAAACAGACGCGACAAAAAAACACGCUGUCCAAUCCAGUAUGGAAUUGUGCGGAGGAAGGCUCAAAAGGCUUGGUAAGAUAGCACGGCAAAAUUUGCUUCUAAUCCUGAUCAUUUCAGGCGUAAUAUCUGGUUUUAUUAUCGGGUUGCCCUUGAAUAAGCAUGUCCAAAGUGAUCAGUAUGACGAUGAAGAGAGGCGGGAAAUAGUAAUGUUGGUGUCUUUCUUGGGCGAUAUUUUUGUUCGCCUGCUCAAGCUGCUUAUCGUGCCUUUAAUUAUCGCGAGCAUUGUUCUGGCCGUUGCCAAAUUGGACACGAAGACAACCGGGAAGCUUGGUCGUCGUACGGUCAUCUAUUACCUCGGUACAACACUCACUGCCGUUAUUAUUGGUGUGAUUUUGGUGGUCAGCAUUCGGCCGGGGGACACAGCCGUUGAACAUGAAAAAAAGGAAUCGAGACAUGUCAAUGCAUUGGAUUCCAUACUUGAUCUUUUAAGAAAUCUUUUCCCUGACAACAUUGUGGAAACAACUUUCCGCUCAGCCUCAACUAUCUACAAAGAUAAAAUGUCUUCCCUGAAAAAUGGUACGGAAAACGCGGAUGAUAUCAAGGGCGACAUGAAGAAACUGGUUAAUUUUAUGGAAAAUACGCUAUAUGAUCCCUGGAGUGUGAAUAACGAUACUGAGAAGGUCCGGGUGAUUACAAAAACUACAAAAAAAGUCUGGGCGAAGGUUCAAAAAGGUGACCGCAUGAACGUGUUGGGAAUAAUUACUUGUUCAAUCGCAUUUGGCAUCGCUUUAAGUAGACUGGGGCCUGAAGGCCGUCAGAUGAAAAAUCUGUUCGAGAUCCUCAUGAAGAUUGUGAUGUCUUUGGUUAAUGGCGUAAUGUGGUUAUCUCCGAUCGGAAUAUGCAGUCUUAUAGCUGGAAAACUGGUUGAGAUGGAAAACAUUGGCAAGACGUUUGAGUCUCUCGCUUAUUUAAUCGUCACCACCAUAACUGGAAUCGCCAUACAGGCUCUAAUCGUCUAUCCAACAAUAUAUUUCAUUUGUCUGAGGAAAAAUCCGUUCAGAUACAUGUUUAAUCUGCAAGCUGCAAUGUUUACAGCUUUUGGUACGGAUUCGAGCGCUGCCACUCUGCCUGUAACAAUAAAAUGCGUCCAAGACGUCAACAAAGUGGAUCCAAGAGUGGCCCAAUUUGUAUUGCCGAUUGGCGCGACCGUCAACAUGGACGGGACAGCGCUAUACGAGGCUGUUGCUUGCAUUUAUAUAGCACAGCUUAAUGGUUACAGCUUUGGAAUUGGGAAAAUACUGAUAACAGUAAUUUGUUCAGUUGCCGCUUCAGUUGGAGCAGCUGCGAUCCCUUCUGCUGGUUUGGUCACUUUGCUCAUGGUGUUAGAAGCAGCUGGUCUGCCCACAAACGACGUUGGAUUGCUUUAUUCCAUCGAUUGGUUUCUGGACCGCUUCCGAACCGUGUGCAACAUUACUGGAGAUGGGGUCGGUGCGGCAGUUGUUGAAAAGUUUUCCCGUGAUGAUUUUGACGACGAUUUUGACCGUAGCAUGGAGCUACAAGAUGGGGCUGCUGCAGAGACAUUCAUCGCCAAGGAUGGCGUGACCUGUACAAAUUUUGGUGCAAAUGAGACAAAAAUGUGAUAAAACUCUUUUUCAGUUAGUACCAUGCGUUGGUCCUGAAUAUAUAUUGAACUAUAAAGUAGUCAUGUAGGAAGAAAUCUUGGACUGUAGUGUGAAAUUAAAACAAGCGAUUUGUACGAGACUUGAUAGAUUUUGUCGGUCAACUAGGAAGAUGUGAAAUUCAAAAAUAUAAUUUAAUAGAAACAAUGAUGUUGUGACGAGCAGAUGGUACCGUGUAAACGCAGCUUAAGAGAAAUAGAGUUAUUUAAUAUCUGUUGUGUUAUGUUCGAGAUUUGUAGUACAACUUCAGCUGUGAAAUUAGUGAAAAUGUUGAAACAUUCUAAUAAAUCUGAAUUACCAUUUUUUUCAAAUUUUAA